GCUUAGGCAGAGUGUGAGAGAAAACUCUAGACAAUCUAUUGCAAGAGGAGAAAGAAUUGAGAAUGAUACUCAAGGAAUCGAGAAUGAAGACAAGGAGCUGCUCAUUGGAGAAAGGAGAAGUACUUAUAAACUUGAUGAACUUAAUUCGAAAUUGAAGAUGUACCUUAAGCUCGAGAAAUCGCACUUUAGGAUUAGAACAAUAUUAGUUGUACUACUUCCUUUCCUAACUAUUACUAUCUUUGCUUUGCUUAGAGGUACUAAGACUUUUGAUUCAAUUGCAGGACCUAAUUUUGGAAGAUGCACUGUCUCAGACUACAUUUUCCUUGCAGCAGAGAUUGUCAUCCUGUUUAUCUUGAGUGGCGUCAACAUAAUGCUUCUAAAGAGAGAAUAUCAAGACAAACUUUCAUGCGGGUACCAAUUCGUUAAAGGAGACAUUGUCUGGGAUUCUAAAUCAAUUGUCAGAUUUGUUCUCUUUGCUAUUAUCGCAGGUUUCAUAUCAGGAGCAGUUGGUCUCAGUGGAGGUAUCUUGUUUACUCCUUUGUUCCUCGAUUUCGGAGUUCCUCCCACUGUGGCUUCAGGUACAUCCAUGUUCAUGGCGAUGUUUGCAACUCUAAGCUCAACAAUCAUGUUUAUGUUCAAUGGAUACAUCAUCUACGACUUCGCAUUUUGGCUGGCAUUCUUUUCGGUGGUCGGCACAGCCGCAGGAAUCACCAUAAUUGGAGGCGCUGUCAAGAAAUCAGGAAAAACUCAGAUUUUGGUGUGGCUGUUGGCCUUCGUGAUUUUGGCAAGCUGCAUUGCUGACGGAGUGGUCGGAUUACUAGAAACAAUUGAUACUCCUAAAGGAGAAAUGUUCAAAUUCAGAAGCUAUUGCCCAGAAGAUAAAGCUAAUAUGUUUAUGUAUCAAUAAAGAGUCA